CAAAAAAGCUUGCGGGUGACGUCGCCGGGACAGCCGCCUGGGUCACCAAUGUGGGCAAUGAGCACGGGCAGGUGCUCAUGUCCGUACUUAAAGAGUCAGAGGGGAAUGGACUUUUGCCCAUGGCGGCUGGACUCGUGCGGCGGUAUACGGACGCCGGAAAGACCCCUCCUUAGGUUUUGUACAUGGACCGGGACUGCUGUACCACCACAGGACAGUGCAAGCGAGUGGGACCAGCUGUUGGUGCACCUGGACAUGUGGCACCUCAUGCACCUCCACUUCAAGACGGGCCCUUCACGACGUGCCCACACGCCAGGGGUGGACAGUGUGAAACGUGCGCGGGGAGCGGCACACUCUCCAAAAGCCAGCAGGAUGGUGGAGGCUAUGUUUUUGGAGCUGUGCCGCAUACACUACGAGGGGCAUUCCUUAGCAGGGACGCGAGGCAACCGCUGGGGGUCUGUCAGGAGAGACUACUCUCUCAUCAGAGACAAUGUUCACAACAGCAGAGAACUCUUGGCAGCCGCCCUCAUCCAGUUGUGCGAAGUUAACCAGCGGACCCUUCUGCAGUGGCACAAUGACCGGAGCAAGGCGAUGAUGACGGACGUGUGGCUGUGCCGGGGCCCAGCGCAGAGCAGACUGCAGCAGAGCCACUACCUCCAGCCAGGGCUCUGCUGACGGAGCCUCUGCAGCCUGACCAGCCUCUAGUGUUCCAUCUCCCUGAGGACGCCUCUGGUCAGGCUAUCACUCACCGAGGGCCCCUGGCACCGGACCUGUAUGACGUCAUCACCGCCAGUGCCACUGCAGACUCCUCCUCCUGUUCUACAUUACGCACCCCUUCUGCCUCCGUUUCUGAUGCUGGCCCAGCCACCUCUGUGCCCCGCUCCACCGCCUGGCAGAGGAAGGUCAGGGGAGGAGCUACACAGACGGGCCCAGGAGCAGGAUGCUCUCCUCAAAACUCCUAGAAAGACCUUUGACCGCUUUAUGUGCAAGUGCUGUGGCCAGCCAAAGACAAAGGAACAAGGCCACAGCCGCUACAGAGGAGAGCACUCUCUACGAGGGCCGGCUGGCAGAGAAAAGAAGCCAGGACCCCAAAAAGGUCAGUUACCUGAUGUUAUGCACAGUGACAUGCUUCAAACUGCAACCUCACAUCAUCAUUGUUGUUGUUCUAUCGUAACUGCUGUAGUUACAUUAGGAAAUCUUGUUGACUGGAGCCACCCAGCCUGCCCCGGAGGCAGGUACCAAAAAAAGGCUUGUAAAUGUCUUAAAUGAAAAACUAUGUAAAACUUGUAAGUACUCGUGUAAAUAGGAUUUGAUUUUGUAAGUAACCAUGUCAAUGAACCUUUGUAAAUAUUACUGUAAAUAUUGUACAUUCAUAAUGCACUUACACUUCAUAAUGUUCAAAGUUGUCUUGUACACAUUACUAUAAUAUUGUUCUGUACAGACACAUACGUUUGUUUCAUGCACUAGUACAUAAGACUCCUGAAUGUAGACAGGGCAUACUUCUGUUUCCUGCCCUGUUGUGACAAGUGCUGUUCCUGCUACUGACAGUCUGUCCACUCUGUUAUUUGGAGCGCCGUAUCAAUAAGUUACCUCCUGUGUUGGCUUGUGCACCAGCACUUAUACCUGCACUACAUGCAAAGAACAGUUGUUUCCACUUACUGUAAGUGCCUGUGUACUGUACAUCAGGAAUGCUGUGACUGAUGAGCACUGUGCUUUCACAAUAAAACCAGGCCAUCUGCGCCAAAUUGUGAAUUUUGUCACCUUAAAUCUCCACAACCUUAUGUCCUGUGCUAUGACACAAUUAUGACAUGACAACAAAGAGGAAGACAUGAAGCAUUUACAUUUUUUUUUAUUGAAAACAAAACACUGAAUAAGUUACAUAGGAUAAACCAGUGCUGGAAAUGCUAUGGUACAGUUUCUCAGUGACCACUGCUUUGAUUUAUGCCUGCAUACACACAGAUGACUGACAUUUCUCACUUUGCUUUCAUCAAAGCUUACUGACAUGCUGUUGGCCCUAAGUGGCCUUUUCCAGGGGCUUAGCGGGCGAGGCAGCCAUUGUCAGGCCCCCCAUUUUCUUUCGCACCUCCUCGUCUGCAUGCUAAUACACAGGUAAAGUCCUGAUACAGAUACUGUACUAUGCAGGGGGACAAGAUAGGACAGGUUAAAGGUAGUCUGGAGGUUGUUACACAUCAAAUACAAAGCAGCAGCCUGACCGUUGACUGUCUCACUAUCACAGAGAGCUGCAGCACGACCCACCUGAAGGUUUUGGUUUUCUUUGGAGAACUUUAUCAGGUUAGUCUCUCACUCUAAUGUACUGCCUUUUGUGAAUUGAAAAUUGACUUAGGAGGAGAAUGACAGGGAGGUCCUGUCCAAGUCAAUAGCAGAGGGGUGCAACACCUGCGGUGGCCCCAUACGGCUGGAAACCGGCCAUGCAUAUUACAGAGAGGAGUUAUUCUGCUCAAUGACAGAGGGAAGGACAGCACAGCGCAAUACCACGGACAACCCUGUGGAGGAUGAAAGUGAGCCACCUGAGGGCAAAAAACUCAAACUAUCUGCCAGAAAUGUGGCCAAAGACUUUGGCAACAGCAAAGGCAAGAAAGAGCACUUCUGUAGAACUGUGGUUGGCUGAAAGUAGAGCCAGGGAGCAGAAGAACAAGGUGGAGGAGUGAAGAGCUUUUCUAUUGUAUACAGUGUAUUUUAAAAUAUUAAAAUAGCAAUUGUACAUAGUUUGUUUUUACAUUUUUUCUGCAGUGGAAAUCCAGGCUUAAAAAAAAAUCCAAGAUUAAAAAGCUGGUGCUGCCUAAACCUGCAUUUCCAGGCAAGUCCAGCCUAAAUUAAACACAGUUAAACUUCAGGGUAAUCACUAACCCAUCUGCCAGCCAAUCACCUGUCAGAACAUCACUAACGAGCGCACCUGCAGAGUCACAGUUUCUUCAUCUUCCUGUUACCUGCAUAGCUGCUGCCUGCUUCCCUCAGUGAGUCUAAUCUGUUUAUCAUAAUUUCUCAUCCACACACAAAUCUAAUUCUUUCCUGUUACUGAAAUAUUUUAUUUCUCUAUGAGCCUCAAACGUACAGGCUCCUCUCUCGCUCCUGCAGCAUCCACCUCCGCAGCGCCACAGAAGUGUGCUGGACGAGCCCACAGACAAGGAGCUUCUGGAGGCCACACGAGGAGCGAGACCACCCCCUGCGACCUCCAGCAGCCCUCGUCACGGUCCAGCCUGCAGAGUCACCACCUCCCUCGCUGCAGCGGCCACCGCCUGCUCCUGCCCUGGAGGAAGGACGAGAGGAGGAGUUGCCCCGGGCCAGCCUUCCUCCCUCCCCCGCCACCUGCUGGCAGUGCUGAGCUGCUGCCUGAGUCCUGGCGGGCAGCUCUCACUGUGGCGCAGCAGCAGUGGAUCGGUCGGGUGCUGUUUACCAGGGACAGCUGGGGGAGGCCUCGGCUCAUCGGUGAGCUGAAUCUCUGGUGGUACCCCCAACAAACCCGGCCGAUCUACCACCAGCCUCCCGCAUCCCCCGACCCCUUCUUCGCAUGUCGGCUGUUCCUCUGGACGCCACUAUGCCCCUAUUGGGACCCUCCUUUUAAAGGCCUCCCCUGAUGCCCAAGCCCUUAGCGCACCAAGCACCAUACAGGGCAAAGAAGCCAGAGGAGGUGGAUGCUGAGGCUUGGGCCCACGUCUUCUCAGAGGGUGGCGACACCGCCAACAUCACCCUCGUCCUGAGUCGGUGGAAGGUCCAGUUCGGCCGGUACCAGGGCAAGACCUUCCACUGGCUCCUGGAGAACGACGUGGGCUACGCAGUCAAUCUGGUCGCCUCCCACCAGAAGGAGCGAGAGAGGACAGGGUCUCAGUCCCCGCUGAUGGCCAACAAGGACGCCUUCACCCGCUACUCCUCAGCGUACCCUGACUUUGUGGAGGCAGUCAGGUUCCACCGGGCAUUUGAGGAGGCGCGGGAGAAGUCCCUCCAGCCCGGUCAGGAGGGACAAGCCCUUGUUGGCUUUGGGGACUUCAAAUUCGAGACCCUGCAGAGCCUGUACGAGUCUGAGGACCCCAAAAAGAUCCGAUUUGUCAACUACCUCCGGAGGAAGGCGCCAGCUCCUGGCACGCAGAUGGAGAACGCCGUCCGCUACGUCAGGAGCAGAGACAGGCAGAGAGCUGCUGCGUCCACCACCACCACCACAGCCUCUGUCUUGGCCGCAAGCCAGGGAGCCAGGAGUGCUUCACAGUGCGUGUUUUAUGUUAAAGCGGUCGAGGAACCUGGAGGACCUUUCAGCGUUUGUCGUGUUGUUAAAGGUUUGCGGCCUUCGUCUCCGGGCGGCAUUCUCUGUCUGCGGUGGAGAUGCGGGCAAAGAUCAAGAAGCUGGUGCCUAAGGCUGCGUCUCCAGACCAGCUUCUCCCUCAACACCAUCCGAGGAGCCUUCAGAUGAAGAGCUGGUCAGGGCGGUAGUUGACAUCGAGCAGUGUAAGUAAAAAGUAAAGUCAUAAUCAUGUAACAUGUUAAUAACAGAAAGACUUGAAUUCAUGUUUGACUCUCCUUUUUAUUUUGCUUUAUAAAUGUUUCCCGUAAUCAGAAGGACAGGAAAUGUCAGGGUAAGUUUGGUUCAAUGAAAAACCCUCUAGCUUCUGAGCUGAAUCUCUGGUGGUACCCCCAACAAACUGAUCUACCACCAGCCUCCCGCAUCCCCCAACCCCUUCUUCGCAUGUCGGCUGUUCCUCUGGAUGCCACACCGGAUCUGGCAUCUGCAGCUGACAUGCCCCCAGCCUUUGUGCACAGGGUCCAUGACAAAGGCUGGGCUGUACAGGACCAUCCGGAGGGUCCUGGACAUCGACGGCUGGUAUCUCAUGGCCACUGAGUACCUGGAGUGCCGUCAAUGUAAGAAGAAGGUCGGAGGGCAUCAUAAGGCAGCUGUCCCCACCUACAGCUGCCAGUUUCCAGCUGUACUUACGUACAAGUAAGAGAAAAUUCUAAUUAUAUAUAUAUAAUAAUAAAUUUAAUGUGUUGUGUUUCUGCUG